ACUCUUUCAAGAAGAACAUCUUACUCAUCUUUGAGAGAACAAAAGAGUUAUAUAUCUACUACUACACUUGACCAUGAAUAAUCGACUUGAAAGCCAAAUGAUGCUCUUCUCUCACCAAUAUCCUGGUGCAUUCACUGAAGUAACUCCUCCUCAACAAGGCAAAGAAGCCAAGCCAAGACGCAAGAGAAAUAAAAAUGGUGCUGCGGCCACCCCCAAGAAGAGAAAGCUCACUGCCGACCAAGUUAGUCUUCUCGAGAAAAAUUUCUGCAGUGAACAGAAACUUGAAUCUGAAAGGAAGGACCAACUCGCAUUUGAGCUUGGUAUGGACCCUCGACAAGUUGCGGUAUGGUUUCAAAAUCGACGUUUUCGUUGGAAGACCAAAAAGUUGGAGGAAGAGUACUCCAAUCUUAAAAAUGUUCACGAAACCACCAUGCUUCAGAAGUGCCACCUUGAGACUCGGGUAUUAAAGCUGGAGGAGCAGCUUUUGGAAGCAAAGAAGGAGAUUCAGCAGUUACAAGAGCGUGAUGAAAGAGCCGCAAGCAAAGAUUUGCUGGAAGCUGUCAACCCACCAUUUCCUGAAGAGUUUAGGGUGGAAGAAUAUGAUUAUGGUGAUGUUUUCUACAUUCCGGAGACUCAUUACAUCAAUGGAAUGGAGUGGAUUAAUCUCUACAUGUGAACC